AUGAACCCAGUCAAGUACAUAUUUGAAAAACCCACUCUCACCAGACGGAUCGCUCGGUGGCAGGUUCUGUAUUCAGAAUUUGACAUUGUUUAUGUCACUCAAAAAGCGGUAAAGGGAAAUGCCUUGGCAGAUUACCUGGCUCAACAACCCAUCAACAACUACCAACCAAUGCAUCUAGAAUUCCCAGAUGAGGACAUCAUGACCUUGCUCGAAGAAGUAGAGGAUAAAGAUAAAGAUAAAUGGAUUGUGUGGUUUGACAGUGCGUCGAACGCACUAGGCCACGGAGUAGGGGCAAUUUUGGUUACCCCCGACAAUCGAUGCAUACCCUUCACAGCUAGGUUAGGCUUUGACUGCACGAAUAACAUGGCUGAGUAUGAGGCGUGCGCCCUCGAGAUCCAAGCAGCAAUUGACUUCAAGGUCAAAUUGCUCAAAGUAUAUGGAGACUCAGCCUUGUUCUUCGAUAACGUAUCCUUCCACCACAUUCCCAGAAAGGAGAAUCAAAUGGUCGAUGCGCUCGCCACUCUAGCAGCCAUGUUUCAGCUAACCCCGCAUGGGGACUCACCGUACAUCGAAUUCAGAUGUCGCGGCAAGCCCACACAUUGCUGCUUGAUAGAAGAGGAGCAAGAUGGUAAACCUUGGUACUUUGACAUCAAGCGAUACAUCAAAGACAAGGAGUACCCACGGGAGGCUUCCGACAACGAUAAGAGAAUGAUGCGAAGGUUAGCAGCCGAUUUCUUCCUAAUUGGAAGUAUCCUAUACAAGAGGAACCAUAAUAUGGUUUUGCUCCAAUGUGUGGAUGCCAGGGAGGCUGAGCAGAUGCUAGUGGAAUUUCACGAGGGGUCCUUUGGAACACAUGCCAAUGGACAUGCCAUGGCCUGGAAGAUUAUGAGGGCAGGGUAUUACUGGCUCACCAUGGAAAACAAUUGUUGUAUCCAUGUGAGAAAGUGCCAUAAGUGCCAGGCAUUCACCGACAAUGUCAAUGCUCUGCCCGUGCCUUUGAACAUUUUGGCAACACCUUGUCCAUUCUCUAUGUGGGGAAUAGAUGUGAUUGGGGUUAUUGAGCCCAAAGCUUCGAAUGGGCAUUGCUUCAUUUUGGUCGCCAUUGACUACUUCACCAAAUGGGUUGAAGCAGCUUCGUACGCCAAUGUGACAAGGAGUGUGGUGGUCAGGCCCAAAAUGAAUGGGGCAGUUGAGGCUGCUAAUAAGAACAUCAAGAAGAUAGUUCUGAAGAUGACCAUGUCAUACAAGGAUUAG